CCCGCCACGCCUGGGACGGACUCCAGCUGUCGGCCGGAGGCGGGGCGUCCGCCUCCCUCCGGCCGCCGCCAAUCAGCGCGCAGGGCUGGCUCGCCCGGGGCCGCCCGCGCGGGGUGUGUGAGGACGCGCUCGGGCUGCGGGGUGCAGGAGCCGGGGAGCGGGAGCGUGGUACCUGCUGCUGGCCGGCGGACGCAGAGCAUCGGGCGCGCGCGCGGUGGCUGGAGGCAGGAAGGAGUCAUGUCGUCCGUCAGUGAAAAUGUUCUCUUUGGAAUGGGAAAUCCUCUUCUUGACAUCUGUGCGGUAGUGGACAAAAAUUUCCUUGAUAAAUAUUCUCUGAGACCAAAUAACCAAAUCUUGGCUGAAGACAAGCACAAGGAACUUUUUGAUGAACUUGUGAAAAAAUUCAAAGUCGAAUAUCAUGCUGGUGGCUCUACCCAGAACUCAAUGAAAGUGGCUCAGUGGAUGAUUCAGCAGCCACACAAAGCGGCAACAUUUUUUGGUUGCAUUGGGAUAGAUAAAUUUGGGGAGAUCCUGAAAAAAAAAGCUGCCGAAGCCCACGUGGACGCUCAUUACUACGAGCAGAGUGAGCAGCCAACGGGAACUUGUGCUGCAUGCAUCACUGGCGACAACAGGUCCCUUGUUGCUAAUCUUGCUGCUGCUAAUUGUUAUAAAAAGGAAAAGCACCUUGAUCUGGAGAAAAACUGGAUGUUGGUAGAAAAAGCAAGAGUUUGUUAUAUAGCUGGUUUUUUUCUUACAGUUUCCCCAGAGUCAAUAUUAAAAGUGGCUCAGUAUGCUUCUGAAAACAACAGGAUCUUCACUUUGAAUCUAUCUGCACCAUUUAUUAGCCAGUUCUACAAGGAACCGUUGAUGAAAGUUAUGCCUUAUGUUGACAUACUUUUUGGAAAUGAAACGGAAGCUGCCACUUUUGCUAGAGAGCAAGGCUUUGAGACUGAAGACAUUAAAGAGAUCGCCCGAAAGACUCAAGCUCUGCCAAAGGUGAACCCAGGGCGGCCACGGGUCGUAGUCUUCACCCAAGGGAGAGAAGACACCAUAAUGGCGACAGAAAGUGAAGUCACUGCUUUUCCUGUCUUGGAUCAAGACCAGAAAGAAAUUGUUGACACCAAUGGAGCUGGAGAUGCAUUCGUUGGAGGGUUCCUGUCGCAGUUGGUCUCCAACAAGCCCCUGACCGAGUGCAUCCGCGCCGGCCACUACGCGGCCAACGUGAUCAUCCGGCGGAGCGGCUGCACCUUCCCCGAGAAGCCGGACUUCCGCUGAGCCUGAGCCAGGAGCCGGCCCGGGACAGCACCCCGUCCCCGUGCAGAGCACCCCAGUGCUCCCACGAUCUGCAGUCUCUCGGCAACCGUAGUUUCUCACUGCCUCUUCAAUGCCAUUUAAACCGAAACGUAGAAAUUUUAUUUCAUUUUCAAUUACUCUGUAAAUUCAUGUGUAUUUAGUAAAUUGAACUGUUUUUUUACAUUUCUGCUUUGAAUGCAGAUGCAAUUUAAUAUAAUGAUUUUUUAAAGAAAUUAAUCCUAACACAUCUAUCUUUAGCUUUUUAUAUAUAACUUUAGAAAUGCGUGCAUACACACAUAGAUAAAGGAACAACAUAUAAUCAUGAUAGUCAAAAUAAGAUACAAAAUACACAUCUAACCCGGUGAUUCCAAAUAAUCUCUUCAGUGUGCACUCAAUCAUAUAAUAAACUUUGGAUAAUUGAGUAAUUUCCCAACUGUUAAAUUGUAUUACAAUAUUCAAAUCAUAAACUUCAACUUACUUACGAUACUCUUUAAUUUGAUACAAAUAAAAACUUGUCAUACAGGAA